GAGGAUGAAUUUUCGUCGAGUGAAGCGCUUGGGGCUUUUGCACCCUCUAUUAUACCUCUCAGAUCCGACCACCACCACCACCACCACCAGCAUCACCAUCGGCAUUAUCAUCGCUGGGAGAUUGGUGCCCCCCCUGCCACCUGUGGAAGGACCAAACGCGGAUAUGGACGAACAGGAGAGCGAAAAGCCUUUCGCCAUAGAAAAGGCCAAGACCGGUCGCGCCAAGUGCAAAAAAUGCAAGCUCCCAAUCGACAAAGACACCGUGAGAAUCGCGAAGCUGAUGGCGAACCCUUUUGGAGAAGGAAAAAUGAAGGCUUGGCACCACGUUACUUGUCUGUUCGAAGUAUUUGCAAAGCAGCGGGCCACUACAAGAAGACUCGAAGAUCCUGAAGAGGAUGUCGACGGCUGGGAGCAUCUCGAAAAAGAAGAUAAAAAAAUAGUUAUCGAACAUUUGGAAGAGUUUGACAAAAAUGCGCCUUUUAAGAAAAAAAGGUCUUCUAGUCCGGCAAAAAACCCACCAGCCAAGAAACGAAAAUCUUCACCUCCACCAGCUGCAAAAGAAUCACCAGAAAAACCGAGCCUGAAAAAUCAAGACUCGAUUAAAAAAACUACGACUGAAUAUGAUAAGAAAAGUGAAAAUCGGGAUAACGCUUUUCGCGAGUACCGACGGGUUUGCGCGAACAUCGCAAAUGCAAGUGCGUACACCGAAAAAACAGCGAUUGUUAAGAAAAUGUUUUCCGAUGGCGCCAAGGGCAAUGGCUUCAAAGGUGACGUCGUUCUGUGGUGCAAAAUGCUCCUUCCUAUGGCGAACAAGAAAAUCUACAACCUCCAGAGCAAAGCGCUGAUAAAACUCUUCGCCAGGAUCUUACAAGAAGAUGAGCAAGAUAUGUUGGAAGAUUUGGAACAGGGUGACGUCGCGGAAACUAUCCAAAAAUUCUUUGAUAAAAAUGACGUCGUAAAGGCAAACGCUAAAAGUCUUCUCAGUUUACAGGAGGUCGAGGAUUUCCUGAGCCGCCUUUCUGAUUUGACAAAAGAAGAUGACCAAAUAUCACACUUUAAAUCCAUCUUGCCAAAAUGCACUCCUAAUGACUUGAAAAUGAUAAUAAGGCUUAUCAAGCGCGAUUUGCGAAUCAAUUGUGGACCCAAGCAUAUUUUGGAAGCGGUCGGCUCGGAAGCUUACAAAGCUUAUCAAGUUUCUAAUGAUUUAGAAGCUGUAGUCAGGAGAUUUGUAAACAAAACAGGGAGCAAAAAUUCAACAGAGUCUAGUUCUGUGAAAAGUAAAGUUUCGUUAGCUUUGAUGACUCCUGUUUUGCCGAUGCUGGCAGAAGCUUGUACCUCAGUAGAAAUGGCGAUGAAAAAAUGUCCAAACGGAAUGCUGUCCGAAAUAAAGUACGACGGAGAAAGAGUUCAAGUCCACAAACGUGGAACCGAAUUCCGUUAUUUCAGUAGAUCACUAAAACCAGUUUUACCUCACAAGGUCAAUCACUUCAAAGAGUACAUACCCAAGGCCUUUCCGGACGGCGAUGACUUAAUUUUGGACUGCGAAAUACUGAUGAUAGACACUAAAACCGGGCAACCACUGCCGUUUGGUACGUUGGGAGUCCACAAGAAAGCUGAGUUUAAGGAUGCAAAUGUUUGCAUAUUCAUCUUCGAUUGCAUUUAUUACAACGGUGAAGUGCUGAUGAAUAAGACAAUGAAGGAGAGACGGAAAAUUUUGACGCUGAGAAUGACAACAAUACCCAACCGAGUUAUGCUUUCAGAAGUUCAACAAGUUCAUGAUCCGAAAGACUUGGCAGAAAUGAUUGCAAAGGUUCUAAAAAUGAGAUUAGAAGGAUUGGUUCUCAAGGACAUGAAUAGUUUGUACGAACCAGGGAAGCGACAUUGGCUGAAGAUAAAAAAGGACUAUUUGCUGGGAGGAGCAAUGGCCGAUAGCGCAGAUCUCGUCGUUCUUGGUGCUUGGUACGGAACAGGGAAUAAGGGUGGAAUGAAAUCUAUUUUUCUCAUGGGUUGCUAUGAUGAGGACCGCGAUAAGUGGCUGACAGUAACCAAAGUCCAUUCGGGACACGAUGAUGAUACUUUAGCCAAACUGCAGGACCAGUUGGAAAUGGUUAAGAUUGGAAAAGACCCUAAUUUGGUUCCCGGUUGGUUACGAGCUAACAAGCCCAUGAUUCCUGAUUUUGUUGCCAAGGAUCCUAAGAAACAACCUGUUUGGGAAAUAACAGGAGCCGAAUUUACAAACCAAGGUGUCCACACUGCUGACGGUAUAAGUAUCAGAUUUCCUCGAACGAGUGGAUGCAGCUCAACUGGAAGCUCUUCAAAGGCCGGGAUAAAGGACUCCAAAUCUAAAAAAAAAUACCUUGAGGAUGCCGAGGAACGAUUGUCCGAGGAGUGUCACACACCGACACCAAACGGAAUUUUAAAAGAUACUUAUAUUGUCCUGAGCAAUGACCUCAGUGAUGAUAGGCAAAAGGUCUUGUCACGAAGCUUAAUUACCUUGGGCGCAACAGUUUGCAAGGAAAGUAGUUUUGACGCAAAACAAGCAACUCACAUUAUUCACAGAAAAACCGAAAUAUCUGAAGAAGAACUGCGGUCCUGGGUAGAAUCAACGACGGCAACCUCAGUGAGGCAAGAAGAAAUUAAGCACGCUGUUAAUCUACGUGGAAGUUAUUGUCAGUGUAAAUGCCCGCACCGUAAAGAAGAUUAA